AUGUUUUCAAAAGCGUUCAAUGUGUUACAUGCUCCUCAAUUUCUAAUCGGAGCUUUUUGGAAAUGGCAUGAGGAUCAGAUGAGGCAAAUGCCAGGCAUAAUAUGGAACGCAGCUGAUAAGCAUUCCGGACGAAUGAGAUUCAGCAUAAGCAGUCAGUAUGAGGGAUUUGAUUUCGAAUGGAAAGGGUGCGAAAGACCGCCUGUUUACGUCGUUAAAUGGAGCAGAUCUGACAAGUGGACUAAUUUCCGAAUCGAGGAGAACUUCACACCCUUCACAACUACGACUAUCAUACGAGGGCAGUAUGGAAUAAUACAGUUAUCGGCGGGAGCAACCUCGAUUUCUCUACAGCAAUGCCUUGCAGUGAGACCGGCCGGAACCCUCUUUGCAUCAGUUCGCCACCAACCCUUUGUCCCGGAGUCCGUGUACGAGCGGGUGGGUCAACACAACAGGACAAGUCUUGCUUUUGCUCGGAGUCGUCAACUCAUGCGGAACAUGGCUUCUAGUCCCAAGAAUUGCUGGAAACAAGGAAACAAGAUGAAGGCAACUCAGGCGAGCCCUACUAACAAUUUCACCUCCGUCGCCAACCAAGCCUUGCGAGUGAGGACCAUUCUAGAGGCGGCGGCAAGACGUAUUAGGGAGAACCGCCUUUCCCCACUGUCGGAAACUUGCCAAAUUGGGAAACGCGCAUUGGCCUUGACUGGGGCCAGGGAAAGAGCUGCCAAGCAUGGAUACAAGUAUAAAUCUGCAAGGCAGAGACUAUCAUGUCUAUUUAUCCUCCAAGUACAAUCUUUCGAUUUGCUGUCCACACUCUCCACAUAA